CUAAUAUCUAGAAUAUCAUCAAGUUUCAUCUGUCCUUUACUUGCUUCAUAAAGUCUAAUUUGCUUAUUAUCCCAUUCAUCUCCUGCCCAACUCCUCAGGACGGGCGUCCUCAGUACGAGUACUAUAGGCGAGCCAAAACCCUCCGAGGUCUUUGUCUCGUACUUUUCAACUGACAACCAACGUGCCGCAUCACCCACCGGCCUAAAAACCAAUCAGUCAUGUCUCCUUAAGCAUGUAACUAGUCUCUUUAAAUACCUACCACCUCCCCAUCACAUGAAUAUGCCAAGGUCGGCAAAGCGAUCCGCCUGCGACCUGUGCAGAGCGAAACGAGUCCGAUGCCCGCGUGCCGAAGACAGCACCGCGCCAUGUGCGCGCUGUAUCCACGUCGGCGCGCGAUGCGUGACCGGUUCCCCUGGCUACCCUGGAAGACCGCGAAAGGCGCGUCUCAUUGAUGGCACUACACCUAGAAACCUGGCCAUGACCUCUGCUGACGACAGCGCUUCGCCUGUGUCCUGGCCGACGCAGCGAGACGGCAACCAUGUCGAGUUGCAGACACCUCCGGUGGAGGAGCCCAUUUCGGUGAACAUGAACAUGCCUAUAGGAUGGUCCGGGGCAGAUACCGCAUCAUUGAAUCCGCUAGAUGGUCUCGGAGGAGUUGGCCACUCAGAUUUCUGGACAACGUCCGCCAGUACAAAUUUCUUUGACUGUUCAUUGACAGACGAAAAUCCUGUGUUGAAAAGCAUCCCCACACAGGUACAGCAGUCGAGGAAGCCAUCACAGCAGCAGGAGCUACUAAGCGCAUCUGAUACCCUUGACAUGAUGUAUACGGGCCAGGCUUUCAAUAACAUACUUGAUGUUGAUUCAUUUCUUUAUUCAUCUGAAUCCCUGUCAGACCAGAGUAGUCCCGUCCAAUGCCUGAGUGCAGUGAGUUUGCUGAUGCGGUUCCAAGAGAAGAUGGAACAACACGUCACGACCAUGGGUGCCUUUUUCUCAGAACCCCGCAACGUUGUGGAAGACUGUAAAGAGAAGGAUUCCAUGAGCAUGGAUACUGAAAAUCCUGUCGCAGUAGUUCUCAUGUGCACUAAAGAGUUUAUCGAUAUUAUCCAGAGUUUGGCGACAGCGACUCAGCAUGCCACCUCAGACUCAUCUACCCGUAGUGAGCUCGUCCAACCAAACGCAGCUCCCUGGAUUACUCGAACCAAGUCCCUCAGCACGGAAACAACACUCUUGGUACUCUCGAGCUACCUCGCGCUGAUGAAGCUUUACGAUUCCCUAUUCCAUGGCGUUUACCACUGCUUCUGUCAAAUGCCGUCCGAAGUUAUCAAGUCGAUCAAGGUCAAAGAGGUGUUCCGUAUCGGGGGCAUCUCUUCACUGCAGGACAUACCAGUAAAGGUGUAUGCCAUGGGAAUAGUCGAUGUCAUCCAGAACCAGAUCAAAGCUCUGGAGCGUUGCAUGGGACUACCAGCGGCAUAUUGCCUCUCGAGCGAGGUGACUGCUUCGCAGUCGAUCAAAGGGUUAUUUGCUAAUGGAGAUCGAGCACAGUUGUUCCGUAUUGUCAUGGAACAGCAGGAUGUUAAAUCACAAGGAGGUAAUAAGUCGUAUGUGGAGUCGAUACGAGAGAAUAUUAAGAACUCAGUAGCAUAUUUUGAUGAUUAGGAAUAGAUUGUCGCUAUUCCUAGCAGGGAGUUCUAGGGGGCUUGCAUGUAAGGGAUUAAAAGGAAGUGAUAUUUUUAAAGGCUACAUACUUAGUCAUGAACAGUGUAAGUUAAUUACUGUAGGUUGAGCUAGCUUAAAACUAACUACCUCUAUCAGAACAAAAG